AUGUUGUUUGAAUUCUCAUUUAGAAUGCCUAACAUCGACGGCUUGUUGCAGGUUUUAACGGAGAAAAAUCUGAUAGCGGAGACAAGGUCGAGUUCCAGAGCCAUAGAAUUCGACCAUAUCCAGGAGGAGAUUGAGGAGGUGUCUGCCGUUCCAGAAGCGAAGGAGAAGAAGAAGAGCAGAAAUGCUUUGAGGAAGGGGUUGGGAGGUGAAGAGGUCCGAGCUAUGCAGGAAGCAUUGCAAAAACUAGGAUUUUACUCGGGUGAGGAAGACAUGGAGUCUUCCAGCUUCUCAAGCGGGACCGAACGUGCUGUCAAGACUUGGCAAGCCUCCUUAGACGCCCCUCAAGAUGGCAUAAUGACUGCAGAACUUCUUGAACGGCAGCACAAAUUGAGGGUCUGGAUAACAAAGGAAGAUACAAAUGGAGCUGCAGUUACUUCUGCAACAGAAAUUUCAGAGGUCCAGCAAACACUUGUGAAAGAUGGUGUUACAGAAGUAGAGGUAUCUGAGCAUCGUGUUUUUCUCCUUGGAAAGAACCGCUGGGAAGAUUCUUCUAGACUUAGCAGGAACCAAAAAAAAGAAGGUGAAAGCAAGACAAUGAAUACCACAACAAGGUGUCUUACUUGUCGAGGGGAGGGUCGCUUAUUGUGCACAGAAUGUGAUGGAACAGGCGAGCCAAACAUUGAAGAACAGGUCAGAGGUUUCAAACAUUGAAGUUUUAAUUAUUUUGUUAAAUGACAGCAGUUCUUGGAUUGGCUUGGAAGAAUGGCCCGUUUUACAUCAACGACACUCUAGGUGAGUUUGCAACUUUUGUUCUUUAGCUUCUUUGAGCCUUUUGGGAAAAGGAAAAAAAAGCUUGAUUCUGUACAAGGAUGUUUAAGUUCUCUAGCAUGCUACAUGCUCUAAUUAUACCGCCUUAGCCAACUGACCUAACUCAUAUCUACAUUUCAACAAAUUGAUAUAUUAAAAAAGUG